AUGAGUUCCUUCAGCACCAGGGCUCUGACGCUGCUCUCCUCGGUGUUCGGCGCCUGCGGCCUGCUGCUGGUGGGCGUGGCCGUGUCCACGGACUACUGGCUGCUGAUGGAGGAGGGGAUCAUCCUGCAGCAGAACCAGACCACGGAGGUGAAGAUGGCGCUGCACUCCGGCCUGUGGAGGGUCUGCUUCGUGGCAGGUCCGGAGAAGGGCCGAUGUGUGGCCUCCGAAUAUUUCACCGAGCCGGAGAUCGAGAUCACGACAGAAAACACGGCCAACAUACUCAAAAUGGUUCGGACCGCCACUCCCUUCCCGAUGGUCUCUCUGCUCUUCGUCUUCACCGCCUUCGUCAUCAGCAACAUCGGACACAUCCGGCCUCAGCGCACCAUCCUCGCCUUCGUUUCUGGAAUCUUCUUCAUCCUGUCAGGCCUCAGUCUGGUUGUGGGUCUGGUCUUGUACAUCUCCAGCAUCAAUGACGAGGUGAUGAACCGACCCAGAGAACCAGAGGGCUUCUUCCACUACCGCUACGGCUGGUCGUUCGCCUUCGCUGCCUCCUCCUUCCUGCUCAAAGAGGGCGCCGGCGUCAUGUCCGUCUACCUCUUCAUGAAGCGCUACGCGGAGGAGGAGCUCUACCGGCCCCACCCGGCCCUCUACCGCCCCCGCAUGUCCGACUGCAGCGACUACAGCGGCCAGUUCCUCCACCCGGACUCCUGGCCCCCCCCCCAGCGCGGCCGCAGCGCCUCCGACGUCUCCUCCGACAUCUCCAUCCAGCUCAACGAGACCCCGCCCCCGCAGGCGCCUCCCAAGGGCGGCGGCAGCUCCCAGGCCACGCCCUCCUCCUCCGGGCCCUCGUCGGCGGCGAGCUACCAGCUGCAGCAGGCCGCCUCCUCCUCCUCCACCUCCUCCUCCUAUCCACACCCCCUCCACCCGGGCUCCACCCUGCCCAGGUCCUCCCACGGCCACGCCCACGGCCACGGCCACCCGCACCCCCACCCCAGUGGGCCGCCGCCCCAUUCCCUGCCCAUGGGGGUGCCACCCGCGGCCGUGCUUCCCCCCCGCUAUCACGCGCACAUGCGGAUGAGCGCCUCGCCGUGCUAG